AUGGCCCAUCCUGACGAAAACCCUUUCUCGAACACCCGUGAACGUCAAGGAACCCCCACCGCAACAAUGUCUGAGAAGCAGGCAGAGACCCCGUCUGCCCCGCGGGAGAAGCUCGAGGGUAAACGGAGGACAUGCAACAAGAGUCGAUCGAAGUUGGUGCGUCUACCCGGCUCCAUGAUGAACCAACCCCCGCGCGAGGCUGACGAGACGGGACAGCCCAGGAGGCCAUGGCCAAGUUCACCAUCGAGAAGGUCAUACACACCACUUCUGGCCAGAGUUGCGGAGAGCGUGCCUGCUGACAGGGUGAACAGGACAUUGCUCAACACAUCAAGCUUUGACGAGCGCAAGGGCCCGACCUGGCACUGCAUCGUUGGUCGCAACUUUGGCAGCUUUGUGACACGAAGCACUUUAUCUACUUCUACCUCGGCCACUGCGCCAUCCUCCUCUUUAAGACCCAGUAGAGCCCCGACCGAGACGAACGACGCACCCGAUCCACGAACCACGAGUCACGAAUCGAGCGAGCUGUUUCCCGCUGACGACAUGAUGAGAGUCGAGCGGUGCGGGAGGGGCGGACACGCGCACGGGGGGGAGCUGGGACUGGACGCCUUUGACAGCCACGCAUAA